AUGCGGUGGACGGCCUGGGCGGAGAGCUCCGGGAUCCGGGGGAUUCCGCCGGUGGAGCCCGGCGCCGGGGUCCUGGGGCUUCCGCCGGUGGAGUCCGGCGCGGGCUGGGACGGCAUUCCCGCGAGCGGCGGAGUGGCGGCGCCGCGGGGCAAGAAGGGAGAGGAGACGGCUGCGCCUGUGACUGGGCGGAGUUUUUCAUUUAUUUUGAAAAAAUCCACUACGCGGCGGACGGCCUGGGCGGAGAGCUCCGCCGGGAUCCGGGGGUUUCUGCCGGUGGAGCCUGACGCCUGGAUCCGAGGGCUUCCGCCGGUGGAGCCCGGCGGGGGCUGGGACGGCAUUCCCGCGAGCGGCGAGUGGCGGGUCAAGAAAGGAGAGGAGACGGCUGCGCUGCGCCUGUGA